AUGGCUCAGCAGCUAUACAGUGAAGAAUGGACCAACUUAAUCCGUCCUGAAAAAGGAGCUGCAGAGCCAAGAAGCUCCAUGAUAUGCGCGUCUUUUAACUUCAUCAAUUCCAUCAUAGGAUCUGGAAUAAUAGGUUUACCAUAUGCUUUAAAUCAGGCAGGACUCCCUUUUGGCCUUUUUCUGUUGGUUUUGGUUGCAUUCAUUACAGAUUACUCAAUCAUCCUCCUAAUUAAAGGAGGAAACCUUUCAGGGACAAACAAUUACCAGUCACUGGUGCAAAGCACUUUUGGUUUACCUGGAUUUCUGAUUGUAUCUGGACUGCAGUUCCUUUAUCCUUUUAUUGCUAUGAUCAGCUACAACAUCACAACCGGUGACACACUGACCAAAGUCUUCCAGAGGAUUCCAGGAGUUGGUCCAGGUCACAUCCUUGCCGAGCGUCACUUUGUGAUCCUUCUAACAACCUGUGUGUUCACACUACCUCUCUCCCUUUACCGAAAUGUGGAGAAACUUGGGAAGGUUUCCUUCCUGUCAAUGGUGCUGACUCUGACCAUCCUCAUCAUUGUGAUCAUCCGGGCCGUGACCUUCGGACCCCAAAUCCCCCCCACAGAAAACGCAUGGGCAUUUGCAAAGUGGAACGCCAUUCAGGCAGUUGGCGUCAUGUCUUUUGCCUUCAUCUGCCACCACAACAGCUUUCUUAUCUACGGCUCUCUGGAGCGGCCGACGCUGGCGAACUGGUCUCGGAUCACUCAUGUGUCCGUCGGCUCUGCGCUCAUUAUCAGCGCUGCGUUUGCUGUUGCUGGCUACGCGACCUUCACCGGCUACACUCAGGGUGAUGUUUUUGAGAACUACUGCAGAAAUGACAACCUGGCGACAUUUGCUCGCUUCUGUUUUGGCUUCAGUAUCAUAACCACGUUUCCACUGGAGUGCUUUGUUACCCGAGAGGUGAUCUCUAAUGUGAUUUUCGUUCGGGAUCUUACAAAAGCUGAACAUGUGGCCGUCACCAGCCUCAUUGUUGUUGUCUGCACAUCGAUAUCCUUGGCAUUCGACUGCCUUGGUGUUGUUUUGGAGCUGAAUGGUGUUUUGAGUGCCAUACCGCUGAUCUUCAUCAUUCCAUCAGCCUGCUUCCUCAAACUCUCCCCCGGCCGCUGGUUCCGUGGUGAAAAUCUGAUCCCCUCUUUUCUCAUAAUGCUGGGUUUGUUUGUCAUGAUCACCGGUUUGACCAUGACUGGACUGUACCGCCAAGACUGCUCACAUGGUGUGGAGAUGUUCUACUGUACGGACGCCAACGUCUCCACCAUCAGACCAUCAGUUUGA